AUGGACACAAGGUAAUUUGAAGCUAUUCCAGUUUAACAAAGGAAUACAGUGAAAUAAUAGGAAGACCUUUACAUAUCAUUGCCAGAUUUAUAUAUUAGAAAAUAUGUUCUAUCGGAAAAAUUAUUUGCAUUGAAGAAACCAUAUAUUCCAAAAGUGAAUAUGCACGAUCACACAAAUUAAGAGAUUUUGAGAGUGCCAAAGAUUUGGUAAUAAGUAAUGAAUGAUGUACAAUUAAAGGCGCUUGAUUUUCAAGAGCGAAAGAAAUGGAAAAUAGCUGUGAAUUAUUAAUUGGCGUAGGAAGCAAAGGCUACUCACUAAAUGUUACAGAAAGAAAGGGAAGAAAUAGAGUAAUUUGGAAUUUGUAUUUCGUAUUCCUUGUGUCAGAUGGUAUAGAAAGCAUUCAAUUAAAUGGGUAAGAAUUAAAGUAUAGGAUUAGAUAUUGAAGAACAAAAUCAAAAGCCAAUAUAGAAGUACUUGAGAACGAUGAAGAACGAAAAUCAAGAAUUAGAUGAGCAGAGAUAUUAAGAUGCACUUUAAAAAGUGAAGAGAUACUUGUCAACCAAUAGAGAUGUCUAUGUGUCGUUAGAAUCCUUGUUUCCAGAUAUGUAAUAAACUUAUUCAGAAUCAAAUACUCAUGAUAUUCAUUCUAGUGAUAGGAGAAAGAUUAAGCAGACAGUUGAAUUCGAUUUCAAAAAGAAAUAUGAAAAUCUAUAAGAGGCCUUGUAAUUAUUUGUGAAUAAGGACAUUCCAUUAAAGGAAUCUUUUGAGAAGAGUGUGAUGAGUAUAGAGAGUUUUCCUAACACUUUGGAAAUGAUCUAUAAAUACAAAGCAAAACCAUAUUAUCAAGAACCUUGUUUGGAUCCAGAAUAUGAGGAAUUGUUAUUCAGGAUUGGAUGUACUCCAGAAUAAGUGUUAAAUGAUGGAGAAAAGUUGAUGAAGAAGAUGAAGAUCUUCUAAAAUAAUUAGGCUGUCGAAUAACAAUUACCUCCUUAAUUAGAACUUAAAGAUCUGUUUCGAUACAGGUUCAAUUAUAUCGAAAGAGAUUGUCAUUUUAUUUAACAGAGUGGAAAAUUUGUACCUUUAGAUGCAGAAAGAUUUAAUUCACAUGCUCAGUAGAUAACAAAAUCAAAUGAGUUAGUUAAACAAUAUUUCAUAUAUUAUUAUUAGAAAUUCUAAGGGGAUUUUAACUAAAUUAGUUAAGCACUUUCAUCAAACACUGUCACAGCCAAUCUAUAUUUGUACACUCCCAAUUUCUGUGCUGAUCUCUAUGCAUGGUUGAUCUUUACUAAGAGUAUUCCAUCAAACUCUAAAUUUAUUUUGCCUCAACAAUAUUAGAAGAAAUGCGAAUCAAUUAAAUACAUAAAGAAGCCCUAAUAACCAUAAACUUAAUAUACUAAUAUACUCAAUGAUUACGAAUCGCUUAUUUAGAAGAAACUACCCACCAAAAUACAACACUUAAAACCUCUUCCUUAGCAUCCAAUCAAAUAAUAUACAAAAUCUGUUUUCAAGGAAUUACAACAAAAAAUCAAGUUUGAUGAUCCAAUCUAAGUUAAGACUUCAGGAUAAGCUGACUAUUCAAUGGUUGAAAGACUCUCAUUUUCUAAUUUGAAAGAUUUGGUCAAAUCAGUAAACAAUUCCAAAGGACAUAUUGAAAAAAGAUAUAAGAACAUUUACGAUAUUGCAAGAUAAGAUUGUUAUCCUAUAGAAUAAAUUAAAAAAGAAAUUCGGAAAAACUUCAAGUAAUAAAUGGCAAGCUCAAGAAUAUUCCCUGUUUAAUAGAAUAAUUACAAUAAAGCAACUAUUAGUCAAUUCUAACAAAAACCACCAACCAUUGAGAAUUUUAACAGUGCAUAAACUAUUUUGGCACAAUAAUAAGUGAUGACUACUUAAAUCUAACAACCAUUGUAGCAACCAUAGUAACAACCAUUGUAACAAACAUCAUAACAACCAUUGUAACAGGCUCCUUAAGCUGCCCAACCUCCACCAGCUGCUUAACCAUAUACACCAUCCGCUUCAUCAAGACCACGUAAAACUAAACUAGACACCCCUGCUCAAACUCCUUAAUAACCUCCUCCACCAGUUGUUUAAUAACCAACAUCUGCAAAGAAGACCAACAGAAAAAAGGAUGAUUCAGUAGCCCAAUCUACUUAAGCACCUACCCCUGCCAAUGUUGAAACAUAGGAUCCACCUAAAUAAUCCAAGAGAACCAAAAAGUAAACCAAAGCCAAUGAUAAAAAUAAGCAAUAACAACCAGAAGAUCGUAAAGACGACAGUGUUUGA